UACGUGGAAAACAUGGCCGCCGACUGCCAACAAGGAGACGGUCCCUGUUAGAAUGCGAGUGCAAGCCUCUGGCAGCGAGAUAGAAGCCGGGCGGCGCACAUUUAUCCGCCGGAGCUUAAACGUAUCUUAUGGACAUUACGUAUGAAUCAGUUUCUGUCUUGUUUUAGCAGUCGUGACGAUGGAAGACGAGGAGAGGCAAAAGAAGCUGGAGGCCGGCAAAGCAAAGCUGGCCGAGUACCGUCAAAGGAAAGCUCACGCAGAUUCUCAGAAGAAACAGAAAAAGAAGAAGAAAAAGAGGUCAGAAGAGGAUUCGCAGGGAAGCGUGGAGGUCGAGCAGGAUUGCUCUGUGGGAUGUGAGGAUGACUCGGUCGGAGGCCGAGAUGGAGCUGAGGAAGGAAAUAAAGAGCAGCCUCCCACCACCGAGUUGAGUUUGUCAAGGACGCUACGCAGCAGAGAGACGGUCAAGCAUGACCAGACCUACACUAUAGAGCCUGAGAGUGAAGUGUCAACAACUGCAGAAGAUUACUCUUCAGAGCAGGUCAAUGGCUGCCGCGAGAUGACAGACAAUCUAAUGACGUCCUCCAAGGAUUUUAUUUGGGAGGAGGCGGAGCCUUUACGAGAGGUGAUGAAGGGAGGCAGGAUGCAGGACAUUGAGAACGCGCUGGCGGCCAAGACCCAAGCGGUGGAAGAGCUGAGUCAGGAGCUGGAAGAAAUAAGGGCUGCAUUUGGAACAGAAGGUGUGCAGAAGCUGCAGGACUUUGAGGCUGCUCUGAAGCAGAGAGAUGGCAUCAUUACCCAGCUCACCGCAAACCUUCAGCAGGCUCGUGAAGAGAAGGACGAGAUCAUGAAAGAAUUCCUGGAGCUGACGGAGCAGAGCCAAAAACUCCAAAUUCAAUUCCAGCAGCUACAAGCCGGUGAGACUAUGAGGAAUACCAGCCACAGCAGCACGGCAGCUGACCUCCUUCAGGCCAGACAGCAGCUGGUGCAGUACCAACUACAGCUGGACGAAGCCAACGCUGAAGCCAGGAAGAACCAGGAGAGGAGCUGUGAACAGCAGCAGCUCAUCAGCCAGCUCCAGCACAAACUCAGCGACGUGGAGAUGUCAGGGAGAAGAUCAGAGGAGACACUCACACAAAGGAUAAAUGAGAAGAAUGUGCUUAUAGCUGAGAAGGAAAAGGUCAUCAUGAUUCAGGAGCGGUCCCUGGCACAGUUGAGAACAGCGGAGGAGGCUCUUGCCAAAACGCUGAAGGAGAAAAAUCAGCUGAUAUCUGAGCAGAUGACAAUGAUCACAGAACAUGAGCAAUCAUUAACUGUCUUCAGAGAAGAAGUGGCUGUUUUGGGAAGCUCAACUAAUGAUAGCAUCAUUCCACCGGCUGAUGAGAAAGAUUUGGUAAUAGCAGAGCAAGAAAGAAUCAUUUCAGAUCGGGACUGUUCUCUUAGCCAGCUGGAGGAGGAGAUGGAGACGUCACAGCAAUGCCUGCGUGGCCUCCAACAGCGAGUGGCUGCGAAGGAAUUGGAGCUUAAAAGAUGUCUGGGCGACCUGGAAGGCACAAAGCGUGAUUUAGAAAGCUGUAAGGGCGAAAUGGAGAGCUAUAAAUUACAACUGGAGAAAGCGCAAGGUGAGUUGCAAAGCUGUAAAAGUGAGCUUGUGUGCUCUCGGCAAAGGGAGCGAAUGUCAUCCGAUGAGAUCAAGCAGCUCAUGGGAACGGUGGAGGACUUGCAGAAGCGCUGUCACCAGGGCAGCCUUUCUGAAGGAGACGCCAUGCAAAGAAUGCAGGAGGACACCACCAGGAAGCUGGAUGUUCUCAGGGCAGAGCUGGACGAGAUGUACGGACAGCAGAUUGUCCAGAUGAAGCAGGAGAUCAACUUGCAACACGUGGCACGUUUGGAGCAAAUGGCGGCGCAACAUCACACAGAAAUGGAACUUCUUAAAGAACAAAACUCCACCGAGGAGGAGACUCUGACUGUUAAGAUUAGGGCGCUUCAGGAGACAUUAGAACAGUCCCAAGUGAGCCAUAAUAAAGCCAUGCAUGAACUUACUCAAGAAAAGCUCAACCUCAAGGCUAAGGCUGAGAACCUCCAUCGAGGUCUUCGUUCAGCAAAGGAAAAAGUGGAGCUGGUGUCCAGCAGUUUUGUCUCGCAGGAGAGCCAUCAAGCUGAGCUGCGGCGGCUUCAGGAGACCAUCAGUGACCUACAACACCAACUGGCUGCUGCUCAGGAGGCAGCGCUCGAGACAGAGACGAAGCACGAAUCAGAGACAACCAACUACAAGAUCAAGCUGGAGAUGAUGGAGCGGGAGAAGGAUGCCGUGCUGGACCGCAUGGCCGAGUCUCAGGAAGCCGAGCUGGAGCGACUACGAACUCAGCUUCUGUUCAGCCACGAGGAGGAGCUCACGCACCUUAGAGAGGAGCUCCAGAGAGGGAGCUUCCUCAAUACUGAAAACCUCCUGAACGAAGCUGCUGUCAAACACCAAAAAACUCUGGAUGAUCUGCGCCUCGCUUAUGAAGAUGAGCUACAUUUGUUACAAAGGGAGAAGUCAGCUUUUUCCACAGAGCGAGAAGAGCUUCUGCACCAAAUUCUUGGCCUUAAAGAAGAUCUGAAGCUGGCAUUGCACAGCUCCAAAGCAGAUGAGCUUGUGCAGCAGCUUGAGGAGCUUCAGGUGGAGCUCAAAGAUCUCAGGAAGGGAGGGGAUCAGUGUGCGAGACUGGAGAACGAAAUCCAAAUGUUACUGAAGAAGACGGAGGCGCUUGAAGAUCAAACAAGAGAGAAGGAACAAUGCUGGAAGAGCAAAUGGAAAGAACAGCAGGUGGAGAAUGACACUUUAAAAGAGAACGUGGACUUGAAAACUGUGGAAAUCGAAACGCUCAAAGCUGAGACCAGUCAAAUGCAAUGCCAAGUGGUUGAGCUCAGAGAGGAAAUCGAAAAGCAGCGGACCACAUUCUCCUUUGCUGAGAAGAAUUUUGAGGUGAACUACCAGGAGCUGAAGGAGGAAUACAGGAGCCUUGUGGAGACGAAGACGCAACCGGAGGAGAGGACGCUCAAGGAGUCACUCGACUUUGAGGCCAAAGUGGCCGGCCUUCAGUCACAGAUUCAAGAGCUGGACAAUGGGAAGGUCAAAACGCAGGAGAUGUGCAGGGAGGCUGAACGUGUGGUGGAAAAAGAUACUACCGAGCUCACGCAGAAGCUUCAAGUUACACUGAGUGAGAAGGAAAGCCUGACAGUGAUGCUUUCUGAAGUUACAGAGCAACUGGUGUUGAGUGAGGAGAAAGUUGGGCAGCUGGAAGAGGAGCUGAAGGACGUGAGACGGGAGAAUGCAAAGUUCAUCACCCAAAAUGAAAGCCUACUCCAAGAGGUUAAAAGAAUGAGGAGUCAAGACGGAGAGAAAAGAGUUAAACCCCAGCAGGAAGAGCUCAAGUGUGAGGGCUCUUUUGAGGACCAUCACGCUCACAUUCAGUCCCUCCGACGGGAGAGUGACGCUCCUCAGUGGCUCUUAGUGGAGAGAGACUGCAACCAGCAGACCCUGGAGCUUCAGAGGCUCUCUCCAUCUCCAGCUGUGGUCCAGUCCUCAGCAAAGGGACCUGUUGAAGGACGAUUCCUUCAGAAGGCGUCAGCAUCUGGCUCAAACCGGCGCAAGAGGAGGCAGAGGUUGAAGCAGGAGCGCAAAGUGAGCGGCACACAGGCUGGAAGGCAAAAGGAAGAGGAGGAGGAGGAGGAAGGCAGAGCUACAAGUGCCGCAGAGCCAGAGAUGCAGACAGAGAGCCAGGUUUUCGACGACGGGGACUCGGCUGACGGCUGCCAGGGAGACGACACCAUCAAACAGGUCAGCAGCCGCGAGGGAGACUACCACUCAGAGUCAGUCGCAUGUCAGGAAGCGGCAGAACACACACCUGAGCAUGGCGAGUGCAGGCUGCAGAUGGAGGCACAGCGCAUCAGCCUGACUCAGAUCCAUGCCGCCCAGCUGGAGUUGCUGCAGGAGGAGGCGGACAACAUUCAAAACCAGAGAGAUGCAAGGGAGCAAGAUGCGGAGGAGCAGGGCACCAAAGUAUCUCAUUCCGAGGAAUUAGAAAGACUGAAGUUGGAGGCGCAGGAGAAGCAGCACCGUCUGGAGGAAAAUCACAGGCAAGAGAUGGAGCGUGUCCAAGCUCACUACCAGCAGAGGGCCACGGAGAUGGAAGAACGCUACACCACUGAGAUUCUUGUGCUGCAGCAGAGACUGCAGGAGGUCAUGGGGGCACAGCUGCACUACAGUGUUCCAGAGUGCAGGGAGGAGUACAAAGAGGAACUUAAGGACCUCACCAAUGAACAACUCCUAGAGUGGGUUUCCGGCGCUCGCUGGCCUGCAAGGUCCACAGGCUUGAGCGCGCAGCUACAGACGCUGAGGAGAGCUCUCUACAACAAGUAUGUCCAAGAAGUUGCCGCACUCAAAGUGCAGCACAGCAGCGAGCUGAGAAGGCUGCGAGAAGAACGGGAGCAGGAGAGGACACGAGAGCAAAGCCAGGAGGGAAGAAGAGAGCAUGAUCGGGAUCUCUGCUCUGUUGAGGUCUCCAGCAUUACAAGGCAGAGAGUGGAGGAAGAGGUCGCCAAGGCCAUUGUUCAAAUGUCAGUGGAGUUUGCUCAGCAGACGGAACAGGCCAGAAUCAACAAGCGCGCCUGCCAGACAAGUGCCUCCAUGCAGACCCAAUCAGACGAAGAGGACGUGGAGGAGAGGGAUAAGGAGGCGUCAACUCUUGGAGCUUCUGCCUCCAUGAGUGCAUGGUUGAAGGAGGAGAGGGAGCGCCUGGAAAGCGAGCUGGAGGAGAGGAACACAGAGAUCCAGAAGUUACAGGAGAAGCUGCAGAAAGCUGAAUUGGAAGCGGUGAGGAAGCUGCGAAAGAAGAAAGAAGACGAUGAAGCAGAAGUUGUGCAAGGGGAGCACGGGACAUCGCAGGGUGGUGCUGAGUCCGUCGACAAGGACAAUGAAAGAAUCCUCUUGCGCAGUGCCAACCAGAGGCUUAGUCGGGUUUUGGCUGACGUCCUGAAGACCACAGCAGCGGCGGAAGAAACCAUGGGACUCCACAUGCAAAGCCUGCAGGAUGCUUCUUCCAGUGAAGGGUUGCAGGGUUCACACACUCCCUCCAGACAUGGUGGUGCAGGCUUCUCUGGAGAGAUUUGCCUGGGCGGCGAGACAGACGCAGGCCUGGAGGUGUCCAAGCAGAUGAUAGACAGCCUGCUGUUGGGGGAAAGUGGUAGUCAGCUAGAGAACGAGGAGCAUCUCAUGAGCAUCAGCAGUCGCCUCCAGACGGCUUUGGAGAAGAUGUUGAUGGUUAUCACCGACACCACCAACCAGGUGGAGCAUGCCCGCAUUACCCAGACAGAGCUCAUGCGCGAGUCCUUCCGCCAUAACCAGGAGAUCAGCGAGCUACUACAGAAGCAGGAGGAGCUGCAGGACCGGCUGUCCGAGGAGGCCCGAGCACGUGAGCAGCUGGCCCUGGAAUUGCACCGAGCUGAGGAUGUGAUUGACGGUUACACGGGUGAACGUGCCGCCCUGGAGGAGCAGCUCCGUCAGAAGGAAGAGCUACAGCUGAGCCUGGAGCAAGAGCUGCAGGUUACGAGCAGUCGGCUGCAGGAGUUGGAGCAGGAGAGGCUGCAAAUGCAGGAGGAGCGGGAGAUGAUGUCCCGACAACACGACGCCAUGAGAGAGGAUGCAGGACCUCGUGAGCUUCGCCUAGUUGACGCUGCAAUGGUUGCAGCACCUGAAGCAGAUUUGCUGGAGGAAGCCGAGAAGCUGAUGAAAGAGAAGGUGGAGGUGCAGCGGCAGGCGGAGAAGGAGAGCUCUGACCUCCUGAAGCAGAUGAAGCUGCUGGAGGCCGAGCUAGAAGAGCAGGUCAACAGGGUGAUUGAGCUCGAGCACGCUCGCAAGGCUGAGACCAGAGACCUCCAGCAGCAGAUCCAGGCCCUGGAGAAACAGAUGGACAAAAACAGGAGGUUCCUGGAUGAGCAAGCCGUGGACCGAGAACACGAGAGGGACGUCUUCCAGAAUGAGAUCCACAAACUGGAGCAGCAGCUGAAGAACCCGCAGAAGCUUCAGAGUGGCUCAGAGCAAAGAAGCCAAGAGGUGGAGCAUCUGACCUCCCAGCUGAAGGAGAAGGCAGACUGGUGCAGUGAGCUCCUGCUCAGCUCCGAGCAGCUGCGUCGUGAGCUGGGAGAACGCGACCAGGAGAUUGACAAGCUGGAGAGCCGCAUCCGUGAGCUGGAGCAGGCCCUGCUGGCCAGCACCGAGUCCCUGGAGAAGGAUGAACAAAAGAGGUGCCACACAUCCAUCACCGAGGCGGCACACUCCACACUGGAGGCUCAGUUGCAAACUGAAAGGGAAGCGUUGGAACGGAAAGAGAAGGAGAUUUGUAACCUGGAGGAGCAGCUGGAGCAGUUCAGAGAAGAGCUGGAGAACAAGAGUGAGGAGGUGCAGCAGCUCCACAUGCAGCUGGAGAUCCAGAGGAAGGAGAUCAGCAGCCAGCAGCAGUACCUGGAAACAAGGGAGAGCAUGCUCCAGGUGAUGGAGCAGAAGGACAGGGAAAUAGUACAUCUUAAUGAACAGAUCACUAAGCUCAAACACAUGGAGAAAACAUCUGGCAACAAGGGAAUCGAUGAGCGGGAUGAGCUGAUAAAAGACCUGGAGUCGCAGGUGGAAUGUCUGCGGAGCGAGCAGGAACGCUUAAAGAGCAAUAGCGAAGAGGAGGUUGACCAGCUGAAUGCUGUCAUCGACAAACUUCAGCAGGAACUGGUCCACAUCGAGCCAAAACGGGCUGCGGGUGAUGAGUUUGACGCCUGUGUGGAGCCCCACGCUGAUGCCUGUGGGCCGAGCAGGGCGGAGUAUGAUGAAAUGAAGCAGAAAAUGGACCUGGCCUCUAAAGAGUUUGAUACCCUCAAAAUGGAGCAUGACAAGCUGUUGGAGACACAUCAGCUCUUACAGGAGAGCGUUGUAGCCCAAAAGGAGAAAUGUAAGGACGCAGAAGCAGAACUUGAAGAGAAAACUGCAGCCUUUGUGGUCGUCCAAGCCCAAGUUCAAGCUCUGGAGCAGAGUGCAGCAUCUAGUAUGACGGAGCUCCGUCUCCGCAUUCAUGAGCUUGAGGACUCCGUGGGUGAAAAAGACAGCGAGCUCAGCCGCUGUCGCCUCCUGGUGGAGCAAACUCAAAACCACGCCGAUGAUCUGCAGUUGAAAGUGACCACCCUGGAGGAAGAUUUGAGGGAGAAAGUAGCGGCUGUGCUUGUCAGCAAUGCCACCCUAGAGGCUUUCCAGCAGCAACAGCAGCAGCAGUCUCACACAUGCAAAGAAGAUCACCACCCACAGAGUUUCGGUGACUUUGGCCUCUCUCAAAUGGAUUUCAGUCUGCCUGUCCAUGCUAGACAAGCUCCAAGAGGCAAGGUGGUCCACCUGACACAGAAGCUUUGUGAGCUGGAGGCAAGUCUCAGCGGCAUCCAAAAGGACCAGGAGCUCCAGAAGCAGCUGCUCUCCAGCUCGGAGGAGGAUGUGUUGGAGUACGAGAAGAGGCUGGCGGUGCUCAUGGAUUUGCUGAGUCAGAUGACGGUCAAGACACGUCCGAGGACAUCGCCAGCUGCGGAGGUCUCAUCUGGUGGCAUUCUCCAGGAGUUGGAGAAGGUAAGAGAGGAAGCCUUGUACACCAAAGAGCAGCUGCACAACUACAGGGAGCAGUGCAGUAACCUCCAGGAGGAACUAAAAGAAAAGACAGAAGCGGUAGAUAAGCUUAAGGGCCAACUUCAAAAGGCGUCUUCUCAAGGAGAUGAGGAGACGCAGGUGCUUCAAGGAGAGUUAAUGAAAAGUCAAAAUGAGGCGGCGGGCGCCAAAGAAGAGCUGAACAGCUGCAAGGAGAGCUUGGAGAAGCUGCAAGAGCUGCUUCAGGAGCGUGAACUGACCAUUGCUCAACUUAAAGGAGAAGUUUUCCAAGUUAAAGCGGAAGAGGACAAAGCAGACAGGACAGAGCUUCUCAAGGAGCUCCACAAGGUCAGAAGCAAUGCAGACUCCACCAAAGAGGAACUCAGCAGCUACAAAUCACACAAUGAGAAGCUCCAGGAGGAUAUUCUGGUGCGGGAAUUGUCUAUUUGUAAGCUGAAUGAGGAGCUGCAGCAGUUCAAAAACUGUGUUGACACCACCAAAGAAGAACUGAACAGCUACAAAUUACACAAUGAGAAACUUCACAAGGACAUCCAGGUGCGUGAAACGUCUGUUUGUCAGCUCAAAGAGGAGCUCCAAGAGGUCAAAAAUAAUGUGGACGCCGCCAAAGAAGAACUGAACACCUACAAAUCACAGAAUGAAAAACUUCAGGAGGAAAUUCAGGUGCGUGAAACGUCUGUUUGUAAGCUCAAAGAGGAGCUCCAGGAGGUCAGAAAUAAUGUGGACGCCACCAAAGAAGAACUGAAUGGCUACAGGCGACACAAUGAGAAACUUAAAGAGGACAUCCAGGUUCGUGAGCUGUCCAUUUGUAAACUCAAAGAAGAGCUCCAGGAAAUGCAAGCAGCCUUGUUAAAGCCGGCCGACUCGGCUCCUCCUUCUCCUGCUCAGUCUCCUCAUCUUUUUUCCUCCGCUUCGUCGUCCUCCACGCCCUCCCAGCCCUCCCAGCCCAAGAGAAAAGCAAGCAAGCAGCAGACCGCUAAAGGAAGCAGCACCAAAGAGAAAACCUCUCUCUCCAGGAAGAGUUCUGUUCCCCCUAGUCAGUCCUCCACCAAAAAUCCCAGAAGACAACUCAACAGCAGCAGUGACUCAGAGCAGCAAGGGCGACCCAUGUCGGACGCUUUCACGCAGACUGAAGUGCCUGCCGUGACUGACUGCGGCGAGGAGCCUCCUGCGGCGGCCACCAAAGAGGAGCUGGAGGAGGUGAUCGGAGAGUUCCAGGACAAGAUUGUACAGAUGCAGGAGUUGCACGCUGCGGAGAUCCUUGACAUGGAGGCCCGGCAUAUAUCGGAGAGCGACAGCUUGCGUAGGGACAUGCAGAACCUGGAGGAUGAAUGCAAAGCCCUCAAAGCUGUCAUUGACAAGCUGCGCUCCACUGAGGCUUCCCUAGCGAGACAAGAUCGCCCACUGUCACAGUUCAAAGAUGGCUACACGAGCGACAGCAGCUCAGACUACAGCCAGAGAACCGGAUAUGACCUCCCUGGCCAUCAGCAGGAGUUUAGAGUGACACCAGAAGGUUCCAGAAGAGAGACUGACGACCAGUUACCAGAUCGCAUCAAGACGUUGCUCCGUGAGGUGCACCAGGAAGGUAUGCAAGUACUCUCUCUGUCGGAGCUCCCUCUCUCUGAAGGCGAGCCGGCCUGCCAUUUUAACCUCCAGGCCUGGGUGAAGGAAAAAGAUGCCUUGCUGGCUACUGUGGAGUCUCUCAAAGGCAUCAUUGCCCAGAUGCAAACGACACAGGUGUCAGGUGCAGAAGAUUGGCGUGCCGAGCUGUUGGAUGCAGUGCGGCAGGUGUUUGUCAGGGAGCGCAGUGUGCUCAAGAGUGCCCUCUACAGCCAGUUGGACCUGCUGGACACAAGUGACGCCAUCAUCCACCUCAACCAGCUGGAGCGCAGAUUAGCCGAGCAGGAUGCUCAGCACAAAGAGGCGAUGGGUUCACUCCUUGCUGCAGACAGAUCCAGUCUUAGGUCUGAGAUUUAUCGUCUCCGAGGUCAGCUGGAGCAUCUCCAUCAAGAUGCCCGGCCCGCCAUGUUCUUGGCUGGUGAGCACAGCAUGACGGACCGGCGAGGGGGAAGAGGUGAUGGACCGAUGGAGACCGACAGGCUGCUGCUGGAAGAGCUGAAGAAUGAGCUGUCGCAGACUAAACUGGAGCUGGAGACGACACUUAAAGCACAGCACAAGCACCUGAAAGAGCUGGACACUCUCAGGGCUGAGGUGUCACAGAAGGCUGCAGAGGUGGACACACUGAAUGACCAGCUGUUGGAGGAGAGCAAGAGAGGCCGUGAACUUCAGUGGGCCAUGGAGAAGGAGCGGUGUCGAAUUGGGAGAAGCGAGGAGAGCACACGAGAAGAACUGGAGGACUUGAACCUUGCUUUGGAGGAACAAAAGAGCCACGUCACCCAGCUGUCGUCCACCUUGGAGCAGGAGCGCCUGGCCUCCUCUCAGCUCUGCCAGCAGGCUGAGAGGGAGAAGCUGAGCCUCCACAGGCACCUCCAGGAGCUGCAGGUCCAGCUGGAGACAGAGCGAGCCAAGGCCCAGGAGAUGAGUGCUGCUCUGGGGAGAGAGCGGGAGCUGCGAGUGGGGGGCGUUUCCUCAGGGGACGGUCAAACAAAUGAGAGGGAGAACCUUCUGGAAGGCCUGCAAAAGGACUUAGAUGACAAGCAUGCCCAGGUGGUGCAUCUCCUCAGCCAAGUGGAGGCGCACAAACUGGAGAGCGUGAGAAAAGAAGAAGAGCUGGUGCUGGUGGGUCACAAGUCAAGGAAAAACCAUGAGGCGUUGCUGGAGGCCCAGAUCCGGGUGGAGAAUCUGAAAGCGGAACUCUUGGAGACACGGGAGCAGCUGGAGACAGAGGUGGAGAGGAGGAGGAGCCUGGAGAAGGAGAGGGAGAGGCUGGAGGGGAGGUUGGCUCAGACGAGUGGCACGCCACAGCCUCCUCUUUGGGAGAUAACCAGCGGAGGACACCAUCAUGGCCCUUGGCGCACAGUGGACACCAUCCUGGGCAAACUCCAGCUUGUUUCUUCAAAGUUACGCAGCAUGGCGACCAAAACAGUGGGAAGAUCAUCUACUGAAGUCUCUGGUGAUGAGCUGUCCCUGCUCCAGUCCACUGUUGGUGAUGUCAUCACCAUGCUGCAGCAAUCUCCAGGUCUCCCCUCCAUGCCUGAGAGCGCCGCCCUGCUGGCAGGAGGCUCCGGCAGCACCUCCCUGACGGAGCGUCUCCUCAGGCAGAAUGCCGAGCUGACUGGUUUUGUCAGCCGUCUGACCGAGGAGAAGAACGACUUGAGGAACCACUCCCUCCGACUGGAGGAGGAGCUACGCUGCUAUCGGCACGCCGGACUGGGCUCAGGCGAUAGUUCCAGCGGAAGGAGAGGAGUGUCCAAACUGGACUCUGCAGACAUGCUGCUGCUCUGUCAGGAGAGGGAGGUUUGGACUCGAGAGAAGGUCUUGUUGGAGAAAGCCUUGCAUCAGGCCAACGCUCAAGUGGCCCGACUCAGGGGAGAGAUCAGGACUGACACCCUGCGUGAGAUAACCGGACCUGAGGCUGACAAUGCUGCGCUAAAGAGGAUGUAUGGGAAGUACCUGAGGUCGGAAAGCUUCCGCAAGGCUCUCAUCUACCAGAAGAAGUACCUGCUCUUACUGCUGGGCGGCUUCCAGGAGUGUGAGGAAGCCACGCUGGCCCUCCUUGCCAGGAUGGGCGGCCGUCCCUCGCUGUCCAGCAUGGAGUCGUUCAGCCAGCGCAGGCGGGGGCUCAUGCGUUUCCGCUCUGUCGUGCGCGUCUCUAUCGCCCUCUCCAGGAUGCGUUUCCUCGUGAAGCGCUGGCACAAAACGACAGGGAUGAGCAACGUGACUUCUAAAACUGAACGAGGACAGAUGAUGGGCACUGAGGCGAGAGAUUCCCAUUAUCUCCAUCCUGGUGUGGACAUGUACAGAGACAGGGGAGGAGUCUCCAACAGAGGGCGCAGUGGUCGUGAAUCCCCGAGAUCACCCACGUCCUCCACACAGCACAGGUUUCACACGGCCGGAGAUCCUGGGGGACUCACCUGUUCCCACCUGCAGAACUACGACCCCGACCGGGCCCUCACGGACUACAUCUCCAGACUGGAGGCUCUACAGAGGAGGCUGGGGAGCGUCACAUCAGUGGUGGAAACAGGCUUCCAUAGAAUUGGAACAGGUGCUUCUUCUUCUUCGUACGCUCCACUGCACUUGGGCUUGAGAAGAUAAGAAGAAGCUGAAAACUUGGGCUUGAGAAACAAACUUGAAAAAAAAGUUGCCUUUUCCUCCUCCCGAGCGCUUUUCUAUCAUCCUGAUGCAAACUCAUAACUUGACAUACGGACCAAAACGUUUUUUUUGGGGUUUUUUUUUGUGCGACACGCUGCGUUUCUAGUUUUUGUCGCCGCAAAUUGAAUGAGAUGUAAUCACAUUUACUUCCACCACCACCCCCUUCCCCUUUCCGUGGAUGAACUACAAUCGUGUACAUUUGUUUAAUGCUAAUUUAAAACAAACCUUGAGAUUAAUUUAUGUUUCUGUUUUUAAAUGUUUGGGUGUUAUUUGCAAGGAGGAGGAUGCUACUGGAUUAUUCCACACUACACUUGUUUUGUUUGGAGGGCCUGAAGAUAUUUGUAGAGAACGUAUUUUUGUAGACGCUUUGGACUUUUCUGGGUAUUUUGUCUAAAACUGAAAUAAAGGUGAGGAAUAUUUGAUGGUA